CCGCGCAGGCGCACGGCUGCUCCAGCCACUGGCGCGCGCACCUACGGAAGCCCACGAGGCCCUGAAGCCCUCCCGGCCGUGCCGCUCGCCCGCCUUCCCGGCUCGCCAUCCAGCCGGAGGAGCUGAGAACCCGAUGGCAUGGCCUUGAUCACCUUGCGGAGGACCCUGGCACAGCAGCCCGGCUUGGGGUUACGCGUCGCCGCGUGGGCGCUGACGGACCCGCCUGUGAGUGGCCUGCACCGGGUAGCUGCUAUCCCACCAAGCCGGCCCGAGUCCUUCAGGGUCAGGUUCCACCACGCCUGCUGUCAAAAGUUCCACUCGGAAAACGGACACGACCCAGGCGGAUCCUCGCCCUCUGCGGUCCAGGACCCGGACACAAUGCCGCAGGAUGUGCACAGCAUGGACACGCAACUGUUCCAUCAGAGGCUGGACAGCUGCUCAACUUCCGGAGAAGUCCUGAGGUUCCUCGGGCCGCUACCCACGCUGCCUGACACCCUGGCUGCCAGCGCACUGCAGCGUAUCUGUGAGCUGGAACGGGAAGCCGGGGAAAGGACGGAUGGAGUGCUGCCCGGCCAGGUCCUGGAGAGCCAUGUCUUCCACACCCUGUGCGAGUCCUUCCAACGGGCACCGGCCAGCCUGUCCGACCAUGGGCUGCUGACCGCUCUGCAAGCCCUGGCUUUGCUGUGUGAGGGGCCCCAGAGUGCUAAGAGUGGCCUGUUACUGGACCUGCUGGCCGAGGCCCAGCGUCGGCUCCAGGGGGGAACCCUAGGCGUGCGCAGCCUCUGCGUCCUUGGGGAGAACCUCGUGAAAUUGAGCGGCCCGGGGUGUGCCACCCUCGAACUGAUCAUCCACCAACUGCAAGCUGAGAAGCUGGAGGAGUUCACCCCAGAGGAUGUGGUGGCCCUUUACUGCAUCCUGCAGGGCUGUUCCGAGAAGCUGGACCAGCACCAGCCCUUCCUCAAUCGGGUCAACAGUUUCGCUCUCUCCAUCGUUUGCCAGCUGAGCCCCACGCAGAUCAGCCAAAUGCUCACUGCCCUGGUGGUGCUCGACCAAACGCAGGCGCUUCCACUGGUGAUCAAACUGGGCAAGGGUGUGGUGAGGCACAUCCCUCGUUUCACUGAUGCGGAGCUGGGCAGAGUCCUGGAGGCCUUCAUCCACUUUGGACACAGUGACAGGUUCUUCACAGAAGGCCUGGAGCGGCAUGUCGCUUCCCGGUCUCUGUCUCUGGACCCCGAGGUCCUGGGCAAGAUCCUGGGCUACUGCAGCCAAAAACGGAUUCUGUCCACACCCAUCCUGGACGCAGCUGCGGAUACGCUCCUCUGCCAGGCGGAGAAGCUGUCACCAGCCCAGGUGUGUGACUUUAUCGAGCCGUUAGGGAAACUCAACUACGUGCCCCCCAAUGCCUCUGCCUUGUUUAGGAAGCUGGAGAACAGGCUCUUGUCCCAGUUCAAGUCGUUCCCCCCGAAAACUCUGUUGAAGCUUCUCCACUCGUGUUCACUGCUCGAAUUUCAUCCCGUCAACUUCAUGGCAAAGAUCUUCAGCCCUUAUUUUCUCCAGCAGCUGCAGGGCGGAGACCCCCAUCUGGACCGGCUGGCUCUGGCGCGGCUGACACAGCUCUUCCUCACUUCCCUCUUGGAAUGUCCUUUCUACAAGGGCCCCAGACUCCUUCCCAAGUUCCGGGUCAAGUCCCUGCUGACUCCCUGCUGCUCGCUGGAGAGCCCCGUGGAGUUCCCGCUCUACAAGUCCGUGAUGCUGGGCCUCAUCGAGCUCCUGGGAGCAAGGUGGUAUUUCGCUUCCAAAGUGUUAAGCCCCUAUUGUUACACGCUAGACGUUGAGAUCAAGUUAGACGAGGAGGGAUUCGUAUUGCCGUUCACAGUAAACGAAGACAUCCACAAAAGGAUUGCGCUCUGCAUUGAUGGUCCUAAGAGGUUCUGUGUGAAUAGCCGCCACCUGCUGGGCGCCGAGGCCACCAAGCAGCGACACCUCCGCCUGCUGGGCUACCAGGUGGUCCAGAUCCCCUUCUACGAGAUCGAGAUGCUAAAGUCCAGGUUUGAAUUAGUGGACUAUUUACAGAGAAAACUGUUUCCACAAAGGACAGGCGUGCACUGGUGACCUGAAGGAACACAGUCCCGUGUCCUCAGCGAACACAGCAGGCGGGAGAGGUUUGGAUCCGCCCUGCCCACCGUGAUUACCAAAGACAGAGGGGCCUGGGGCUCUCCGUACAUCAGGGAUAUGCUGAACAUAAUUUCAAAUUAAUGAUUAUAGUUUGUGUUUAAUUAUCAGCCCCACAGAUGCUUUUCUACAUCAAACCGAAUUGAUCCAGUCCAAUAAAGGAACAUAAGGAA